GGCAUGUGAAAAAUGACGUCAUGGUUCCAGAUUCCAGGCAGAGAAGCUUUUAAAAUAGACGCUGUAGUGUUGUGAAUUGUGCAUGUGAUAGUUUAUUUGCGCUUUAAAGCGAUCAACCUCGCGAAGUAGACCAGCAAUUCAGUCAUCAAAUGGGUGCUCCGGUACAAGGCAAGGGAAACAAAAAGGGCAGCGGCAAUCCGAGAGGCAGAGGCGGCAAGGCUCGCGGGCAGGGGCGUGCGUUCAAUGGGCAACCGCCGCCGUUCGGUAAUCAAAACAUGAUGCGCCACAGGGGCGGUUUCCGAGGCGGCAUGCGCCCCCCGGGCCCCCCGAUGCGCGGCGGCCACCCCCCGAUGGGCGGACGGCCGCUCCCGCCUCCGCCGCCCCGCAUGAUGGGCCCCAGGGGCCCGAUGAUGCCGCCCAUGAGGCCGCCGCCGCCGGGAAUGCGCCCGCCUCCGGGCAUGAGGCCGCCGCCGCCGAUGAUGAUGAUGGGGCCCAUGCCGCCGCCGAUGCGCGGCAUGUUCAGGGGCGGCAUGCGGGGGAAGGGCCGGUUCCCGCUCGGUCCGAAUUUCCGCGGCGUCAGCAAGAAGAGCAAAAUGAUAAAGAAAGGGCCGAACAGGCCUUCGUUGAAGAACAUCGAUCUCUCGAGAUCGUUCGUGACCGAAGCGAUAAAGGCGGAAUUCGCCAAAAAGGACGAGCUCCUGGCCGGGGCGAAGGCGACGCAGAAGAAGGAGGACUGGCUGAAGUACAGGGAGCAGCGCGAGAAGUGUAACAAAAUAUACCAAGAGGCCGAGACGGCGGCUGGUGGGCAGCAGGAGUUAGGUGACGAGGAAUAUUCUCACCCAGAAGACGACGAAUACUUUCACCCAGAAGACGAAGAAUCCUAUCCAGAAGACGAGGAAUUUUACCCCGAGCACGAAAAUUCCCAAGGAUACUCCUGCGACAUUUGCGAGCGGGAUUUCCACUCGAAAUUCCAAUACGACAAACACCUGUCCGAGCACAAAACGUGUAAUUUAGACGGCUGCCAAUUCACAGCGCACGAGAAGAUCGUCGAGAAGCACAUCCUGAUGCAGCACGUCACCGGACUCUACGACAAAAUCCGGAACAUAAACACCCCGGAGGACAUCGCCAAGUGGAUAGAGCAGCGCAAAAGGCGCUACCCGAGCAAGGAAAACGUCCUAGAAAGGCAGGAGAAGCAGAAGGAAUUGCUCGAACGCGGCGCGAGGAUCAAGAAGAAGGACAAUCGGUUCGGAAAGGAUAAGUUUAGAUUAACCAAAGCCAAUACGAAAGUACCGCCUCCGAAGCAGCAGAGGCCCAAAAGGCCUUUCAUCGUCGAGAAGAAACCGGUGUCGUUAAUAAACGAGAAACUCGAUUGGAAUGGGGCCGUUUUUCCGUUUAGAGGAACCUCGAUGUUGGAAAUAGACGCUGGUGAUAACCGUGAGAGCGACUUCGAAGACGAUGAAUGGCAACCCGCCGUGAAACCCGUGCAAGUCGGGCUAAACAACGCUUUGGGCGCUCUAAUGGGGGCUUAUAUGAGCGACGAAGAAUGCAGCGAUGGUGAAGUUGGAGACCAAAAACUCGAAGAGAAGAAAAUUGUUAUCGAGAGUAAACCUAAUGUAGAAACUACUGUAAAUAUUGUUAGUACGAAUAGUGAUGAUGAACCUCCUACCGAAGUAAAAAUAGAGAAAACGAACGUACCUGAAACUGCGAUAGUUGUAGAAGAACCAUUAGAUAAUAAAAUUGCGCCAUCCACAAAGACGAGGAAACGACAUCGACCGGAGAAGAGACGAACUAAACCUGAUAGAUUCAAAAAUAACAGAAGGAACGCGGUUCAGAAAAAUCCUACGGGUAAAAGUGACUUGCCUUACGCUUUUAAACGAAGGAAGGUUACGCUUCUGGAAAAAUUAUUGGAAAGUGAAAUCAGGCAAGAGCGCAACAUUUUGUUGCAAUGCGUUCGGUACGUGGUAAAGAAUAAUUUUUUUAGACCUGUUGAGAAUAAUUUGUGAUAGAAUUUGUUGAUUUUUAAUAAAAUGUUUAUGAAUUUUUAAUAGAGAUUUAUACGUUUCAUUGGCUCGUGAAUACUAGUAAUACCUUAAUGGUUAUGAAGGAUAUACAUGUAAAAGAGACUUAACAGUGAAUUAAACUUAAAUUAGUUAACAAUUUUAUUUACAGUUCGAUUAUCUCCCUACAAAAAUGGCACAAUAAAACAGUAAAAAAUCUAAUAUCACAAUAAAGUACAUUCCUAAAAUGUAUAAAAAAUAAAUUAAAACGUCAAAAUUACAAAUAAUUACAUGAUAAAAAGUACUUGUACAUCCAUUGCGGUUUUUUAUAUCCUAAAUAAAUUUAAAACACUUCUGCUUAUCGUGUGGUAUCCUAGUUUUGAAUAGAAUCGAAUCUGCCCUAUAUUGCGUAUUUAAUAACGGUGUAUAUCCAAAUACCUACAACAAAAUUCAAACAUUAUUAGAAAAUAAAGCCUAAAAGGUUGUAACUUCUCAACUAUGUGUAAGGUAUAUUUUUACCUAUUAUGUAAAUGUUUUUAUUAUUUUUAUAGUUUUUUUUGUGCAUUAGACAGGGUUGGUUUCUUAUUUUUUCUUUAUUAUUUUGUAGCUCUGCUCUGUUAUUUUUUAAAUAAAUAAAUAAACAGCAUAUCAAAUUUUAGAGGAACCAAAUAUUUUUUUACAAUUGCCCCAUAUGUUUUUCUAUAUAAUUGUAUUGCACUUUAGAACCGUUUGUUACAUUUACCCCGUACCAUGGGGUAAAUGUAACAUAUUGUCAACAUUUUAAAAAAUAUGUAAAAUCGUUUUCUUCCUUUUUCAAAAAAACUUUUUAAUACCUCGAUUCUUUAGUUUAGGAAGUUGUGAAUUUAAUGUGGUAUUAGCACUUCUAAUAAGAGAAAAAAUAAAGCCACAUUUUAGGAUUUAAUUUGAACUAUUCAAAUUUUACAACCGAUUUGCCCCAGUCUACCUUAGCCAAUUUUAUAAGGCUCCCACAAAGUGAGUCCCUAAUUUUUAUAAACUAGAGAGCUAUAAAGGGUUGGUAACACCCUGUACAAUGGUUUACUUAUAAGUAAAAAAUUCACGCCUCAUGCAUACUUGGGCACAUUUGUAAUACCUGUGCGAGUUUUCAUUUCUACCACCAUAUUUCUCUUUCCGCCUUCGGGGUCUUUUCGCAGUGAAUACACACUUAAUAAGUGUGCGCUUGAUACAACAAAGAGAACAGAUUAACCUUUUAAAAAGAAAACCUUGUUAUCUUAGGGCUUCCCUCAUCCUUGCGAAAGGCCUUUGUUCUCGCAGUUAAAAAAAGGAAUUCUUGGUCAAAAUUCCGUGCAUUAUACUGUAUUCCGUGUAUAAUAUGUUAGUAGAUUUUUUUUUUCGUUCUGCUUCCUCCACGUCCGGAGUGGAAGCGGUCGGUGGUUAAGGUGCAGUGAUAUAAUAAUUAAAAUUUGAUAUCCAAAAUAAAUAUUGCACGAAAUUAUAUCUUGGUUCAACAAGUUUCCAAACUUUUCGAUAAAUUAGAUUAUAAAAUAAUUUCAUAGUUUCUAAAACUACUUCAACUAAUAAAAUAUUUUUAUCCAAUAUCACUCAACGCUUAUUAAAUUCAAUAUUCCACAGCUUACCUAUGACCUCCUCGAAACACCAUUAAGCCUUAAUAAUUCGUUUGCUUUUGAACUUUACUAUCAAAGUAAUAGCGUUUGUUGCAUAAAAAUAAUUUCACGUUUUUUCAAGAACACUCAGGUGUCGUUUUAAGAUUAAAGCGUAGGAAUUCGCAGAGGAUUUACAUACAGGGUGGUGGAAACAACUCGUGUAAAGGAUGUAGAUAAAUCGGACACCAUGCGGGUUUAAACAAUGGCCUGGCGAUUAGAAAACCAUGGGAAAUUAAUAUUCAAACAAGAUAAUCAUGGUAAAUACAUACAUACAUACCUUCGCAUGGAAUUAUUACGCACUCUUUGAAUUCUUUGUAUAGUGUAGUAAGUUUAUAGAAUUUGUUAUGCACAUAAAUGAUUCAAUACCAUCAGAAAUAAAUUCUUAUUAUUACAUUCCCAGGUCCGUCGCGUUUUCAUUUAUCCAUCCAGAAGCCGUUGAAGGUUUUUUUAUAUCCAAUUUAUUCUUCAUUUAUCAUCCUUUAUUUCGUUGCGCGACGUAUUCUCGAUCUUUAGUAACUAUUAAAAUUGACGACACGCCUGCCGUUUUCGCCUAAAUGGUCAUAAAACGCGUCCAUAGCGAUAAAUUUUCCGCGAAUAAUGUAAAAAAAGCCCGCGUAAAUUCUCACGAUUUAUUGGAGUUCUCGCCGAUAAGACCGUUUACUGUAACGCGGAAUUUCAAAAACGUUUUCAAUUAACAAAAGGGUGAGAUGUAUUUCAUGGUAUAACAAAAGAUUAGAGAUAAAAGGCGAAGUAAAAUGUACCCACAUCACUUCAGGAGUGAAGAGACUUCUUGAAAGAUGUGCUUGCAUUUUUAUAAUCUUAUUUAAUAUCAAUAUAUUUUGAGCUGAUGUAACAAAAUAUCAUCGAUACCAAAACGAUCAAUCAUUUAAUUUUUUCAUCUUAAAUAUUAACCACUACUUCAAUACGAGGGUUAAUCAGUAUUUCAUCUUACGUAUAUACCGUUCUAAUAGGCAAUUAUUAAACAGUCCUGGUAUAGAAAACGUUCAUAAAACGAAGGAGAAUCCAUCAUAAUUUCGUAAAGAUAAAGGUCAUAAGUACUAACGCGAAUCGUAAUAAAAUAAAGAAAAUAAAAUAAGAAAAUAUCUCCAAGAUUAAACAUUAAAUCUAUACAAGGGUAGAACAAUAUUUCGUCUUACAUAUACCCUUCUAAU